AUGGCUGAUCCUGAUAAUGGCGACCCCUCGCCUUUAUCAGAAGUGGGAUGUAACGCGGAGCAACAAAAGGAAGAAAGACAACAGUUACCGGAAGAAAGUAAUGCAGUUAAGUUACUAAACAGUAUGCAAGCGCUUUUCACACAAGCAUAUGAGUUGUCGAAGAUGAAAACUGCCAGUAGUAAUUCAAACCCUAGUACAAUUCAGCUCAUUCCAUUCAACCCCGAUGACCCCGAGGCUGAUAUUGAAGGCUGGUGCCGAGUCACAGAAAUAAUUGUUCAUAAGAAGUGCCUUGAGGGUGUUGAUUUGCUUGUGGCUCUUACUGGUGCAUUAAAAGGCCGUGCAGCAACAUGUAUCACUAAAUUUAACUUGAAUGAAUUGUCAUGGGAUGUUAUAAAACAGACCUUAAGGGCUAAAUUCUCUAAGCCGAAGCUGUUACAAGACUACUUCGAUGAGAUAUUACGUUUUCAAAUUAGCUCAAAGGAAACUGCUUCAGAAGGUGCCUUAAGACUGUGGAACAUGAUCGAAAGUAUUCCAAAAACCGAGAUGCAGGAAGAAGUUAUAACUGGUUUCGUGAUUUCUGUGUUAAGUCAAAAGGACAGCUUGAUACGCCGAGAGUUAAAUGCUCAUGCUAUCACCACACGUGCUCAGCUAUUUAGAAUCCUCGGUGGAGUAUCGCUGAAACGACGCAUUGAAGGCCCUGAUGUUCAAGAAUCAGAUCCUAAGCGAGCCCGGUGGAGCGAAAAUACCAGAUUUCCCGGCAAAUGUCAUUGGUGUGGAUUACCUGGUCAUCGAGUAGCAGACUGUAAAAAAAAAAGAGAAGACUGUGGAUCCAGCAGAUCUGCGCAGCAAAAUGCUACAAGUUCCGCGCACGUACUAGAGAGGGGACAAACUACGUGCUACGCUUGUGGCAAAGCUGGUCACCUCGCGACAACCUGUCCUGACAGGAAGAGCGGUGCAGUUUCAAGAAAAGAGGUCAAUAUCUGCGAGCAACGACUGUCGAGGGGCAUUUUGAGGACGUCAUCUGGACCGCAAUUAGAAUCGCCCGGGGACGGUCGCAAGUCAGUCCGGCCGUGACGGCGCAUUCGAAAUGUCAUAUGUUUUAUUACGCCGGAACUAGAUUGACAAGCUGCAGUGCUGUCGUCUGGCGGAGCGUCGUAGCGUUGGUUAGCGCGGCCAUGUUGGCAGCUUUACUUUUGUUACCGCAUCGCAAGCGCACCACGUACCGAGUCGACGAAUCGCUUUUGUUCCGCGUAAUCUUUUGAUAUCUAUUGUUAAUUGUUACUGAUUGUUAUAGUGAAAGUGAUAAUUUAAAUUAUAGUGAACUGAUUUUAAAUUAAACCAUAACUCUAAUUAUUUUGUGUAUUAAAGUGAUUAAAGAUCGAACUUGAA